AAAGCGGGUGACCCGACCGAUGAACAAAUCAGGACCAGGUUUCGUCCGGGAGGCAAGAUGAUCUCGGCGUUUUUCCCCUUGAAGAAGCUGCGGCGCAAUGGCAAAUGUCUUCUGUUCGGGGCGAUUCUGCUGGUCGGAGCUGUGGCCGUCUACCAUCAGAUGGUGGCUGCGAAAGUAUGGAGCAGUGACACAAGUGUGAAUCCUGACGCUGCCGGCAGCGGCUGGAGGAGAGCCAUGCUCGACGAGUGGGUCAGGAGUAACCAUCGACCAGAUCACGUGGAGGAUUCAGCUGCUUGGCGCUCCAGCUAUACUCCACUUACCUGGAAACCAGAGUAUAAGGGACAGGCCAAUCUGCACGUCUUUGAGGACUGGUGUGGCAGUUCUACGGCUGAGCUCCGCAAGAACCUGCACUACCCGCUGUAUCCUCAUUCCAGGACCACGGUGCAGAAGCUGGCUGUUUCUCCUCAGUGGACAAACUAUGGGCUCAGGAUAUUUGGUUAUCUGCAUCCAUACACUGAGGGAGAGUUUGUGUUUGCUCUGAGCUCUGAUGACAACUCUGAAUUGUGGCUCAGCACAGAUGAUUCUCCCCUCAACUUGCAGUUACUGGCAUGGGUUGGAAAGACUGGCCAAGAGUGGACGGCACCAGGCGAGUUUGAGAAGUAUGCCAGUCAGACAUCCAAACCAGUUAGGCUCUCAGCUCAGAGGAGGUACUUUUUUGAAGUUGUCCACAAGCAGAACAACAAAGGGACUGACCAUGUGGAGGUGGCAUGGCAGCUCCUUGACCAAGGCUUCAGGUUCAUCGUUAUUGAAUCCAAGCACAUCUCCCUCUAUGUUAAUGAGUCUGCCUUGUUAAUGAGUGAUGUUGCCCACAUACCACAGACAGCUGCUAGCCACCAGUCCAACCCCACAAAACGGCACAGUGCUGCAGCAGACAUGCUGAGGGAAGACCCACGAGACACUCUCUACCAAGUGCCUCUGAUAAACAGCAAGUUCCUACAGGGUGUUUUGCCUGACUGCUCUUAUAAACCCAGCUACAUAAUCAAAGACUUUCCUCUGCUCCGCUACCAGGGACUGCAGUUUGUCCACAUGUCCUACAUCUACCCCAAUGACUACACUCGACUCACACACAUGGAGUCAGAGAACAGCUGCUUCUACCCCGAGAGCCCCUACUACAUGAAGAUGUUCCGUUUCUCUAGAUACAUGAGACUAGACCGUCCUGAUAUGCAGGAAAAAAGAAACAAAGCCAGAGAUUUCGGGUUCCAGGGGAGGAAAGUCAUAGAUGGGGAGGAUGAGUUUGACAAUGAAGCCUAUCAAAGAGAAAAGGAAGCCAGGCUGGACCAGAUAGACAACGCACUUUUUCCAGACUAUGGAGAUGAUUAUGAUGAUUAUGCUCAGAAACGCAGGCGCAAACUCUUCUCCAUAAUCAUGCAAGAAACUAACAGCACACCAAGCUCUCCUGACACAAGACUGCGCAUAGAUAAGUUGCAGAGGAGGCAAGGGAAAGACAGUGUCCUACAGCCUAAACCACAGCCAGAGAAACCAGAUGAGCCACUGCAGUCAGAGCCAACACAAGUCUUAAAACAUCACCUGCAACAAAACCAGACAGAGUUUCCAGGCCCAGUUAAAAAAGUAGAACAGAUUCAACCAAAAGGAAAAACAGCAGGAAAGAGACAAAAGGUAACAUCAGUAAAGACAACUGUGAGACCAAGACAAAAAAAAAAUCCACCAACACCAGUGGGCAGUGAGCAGCUUAAAGCAAAGGAACGACCAGCAGUCCAGUCAGAGCAGCUCAACUCCAAACGGCGGCAGAUCCAGAGGUCUCGUAAAAUGAAUCAAACCCAAAUCCAGAGACUCAAAGACUCCAAGCUUCAACCCUUAGAGUGGGACGCUCCUUUGGCUGAAAAACCCGCAGUGGCCAAGCAGUGGAGGAUUGUACCAAGAGAAGUGGCGCUCCAGCCAGCAGCUAACAAGCGCUCUACCACUCCCAAAAGAGACAUCAACCGCCCUUUAGUAAGGUUAAAUCAAUUGGACACAGAUACCAGAAAACCCCUCAGGGAUAAGGAGAUUGAGAUGAAUAUGCCUCUACAACAGGAUUUAGAAAAUAGCAUCCGCAGAGCUAAGAUGAUCGCUAGGGACAAGAUGGACAAAAAGUGGUCGGAUAUGAAAGGAGAGGAGGACCAAGCGGGAAAGGAAGACGAGGUUCGCAACAGGGCUGAGAACAGGAGAGAACCCAAGCUGGGUGAGAGAGACUCUCUAUGGGGACCGGGAAGAGACUUUGAAGGUCCCGAUGAUGAGGAUCUUACCCCUGCACCAGUGUUUGAUACUGAGGUUAACUGGAGCCAGACCUUCCAGGUCAACCACCUGGACCUUCAGGCACAGCGUUCAGAUUGGAUCGACUUGCACUGCAACCUGUCUGGCAACCUGCUGCUGCAAUCCAGUGAUGCUCUGACCAUCGUCAAUGCUUUCAUGGAGCAACUCAAUGAAAAGCACCAGGGGCGGUUCACAUUGGUGCGUGUGGUAAACGUGGUGAAGCGUGUGGACGGGUUCCAGGGCAGCCGCUACCUUCUGGAGCUGGAGGUGAAAGACGCGAACGGCCAGCUGCUGCGUCUGUCACGGUACAUCUACGCCUUGAUUCGCCACAGCAGGCAACGCAGCAGGGACUUUGGUUUCCAGCAGCCGAGAGCUGAGAUGGUGCUGUGUAAGCCAGUGGGCUUCCGCUGGAAUCCUGUUGCCACUGUUCACUUCAUAGUGCCAGUGAAAAACCAGGCUCGAUGGGUGCAGCAGCUGAUUGCUGAUAUGGAGAAACUGUUCAGGGAAACUGGAGAUGCCAACUUCAACCUCAUCAUCACCGACUACAACAGCACUGACAUGGACGUGAGGAAGGCUCUACAGCAAUCUUCUCUCCCCAGGUACCAGUAUGUGAAGCUGAAUGGAAACUUUGAGCGCUCUGCUGGUCUGCAAGCAGGUGUUAACCUCAUAAAUGAUGACCACAGCAUAGUUUUUCUGUGUGACCUCCACAUCCACUUCCCUCCCUCUAUCAUCGAUACCAUCAGGAAACACUGUGUGGAGGGAUACAUGGCCUUUGCCCCCAUAGUCAUGAGACUGGACUGCGGGGCUACACCAUUAGAGGCCAGAGGUUACUGGGAGGUGAAUGGCUUUGGCCUACUGGGAAUCUACAAGUCAGAUCUGGAUGCAGUGGGAGGAAUGAACACCAAAGAAUUCAGUGACCGCUGGGGGGGAGAAGACUGGGAGCUCCUCGACAGGAUCCUCCAGGCAGGACUGGAAGUGGAGAGAAUCUACCUGAGGAACUUCUUCCACCACUAUCACUCCAAACGUGGCAUGUGGAACCGGCGGAUGUCGCCCAGCCACAGGUGACCUUGUCACCCACCGCCACAACCACAGCAACCAGAGCACUUUAAGGCCGAAGCAUGAUUCCCGUUAAAGGAUCGUAACACCUGCUGACUGACAGAGAGAGUAACACAGGAUGCCGACAUCGGACUGGAUACGGUCUUCUUUCGCUCAAGCUUUGGGGAGCAGCAACUUUACAAGUGGCAGCAGUGAAGGUCGUUGCUAAGGUCAUACUACUGAUACUACGCUCAGAGUGUAUUUCACUGGAUGUACUGUUGACUACUGAGACGGUACACGCUGAUCAGUGCCACUGAUUAUGAUAUUAUACUGUAUAUGAAGAUACUGCUGUGCGCCAGCUCGCUGACUGAGACCAUGGUGGUCUGCACUAGUGUCUGCCGAGACCUGACCCGGUCCAAAGACAAAAUGUCAAUGAAAUAACAGUGCACACUCCGAGGACAUAUAAACACAAGUGUCCUAUAUCAUGAAGAUCACAAGUAACAUGAGUCUUAACUGCAGAAUACGUUAUUUGUUUUGUUUGUGACAAAAUGAAAUAUAUGUAUUUGACUCCAGAUUGUGUAUAGGGUAAACACAGCCUUAUUUGUAAUGUAAAUUAUGAAAAUGUUAUAUUUAUUACGUCAAUGUUUGCAGGAUUUUUUUUUUUUUCAACAUUCGUGUUUGUUUUUUCUGGGAACAUGCAAUGAAAUUUCAGAAAAGUUUACCUAAGUUUGCCUGUCGAGCGCCCUCCCCUAUUUGUUCUCAUCUAUAUUACAUGUGCCUUCUGCUGUGACGGUUAUUCAGGUACUGAGGGCUGUUUUCACAGACAAAUCAGGAAAAGCCUUACACAGCUAAAAUAGUUAAAUAUUUAAGUGAGGAAAAAAAAGGAUUGUCAAUUUUUUAAAAAAGAUUUCAGAUAAGUAUGUAUGUGUUUCCCAAUGUAUAACAGACAUAUAUUAUGUAACAACAAUAUACAUACAGUAUGUUUGUUGCCCAUUUUCUGCCUAUUCUCCAGUACCACCUACCAAAGGUAGUAGCUGAAGUUGAGUAGUGCAGAAAAGUCAUAAAGCAGGGUUGGUGUUUUGACAUGAAACUUAUUGAAAAGGUCUGUGUUAAUACAGCUUUAAGGGCCAUUUUAGUCAAGUUAUGUCCCUGCAACCAGGUCAUAUUCUUUUCACUGAUCCAUCGAUCUACAGGAUGAGUUUAAUGGUUGUUUUUCAAAAGAAUAAUUGUUGUGAUUAAGAUCUACUUUUCUUUUUUUUUCCUUUUUUGCCAAGUCUAUGAAGCUUCAUGGUGAAAUACUGUUAUCGAUGUCAACACAGUGAAAUAGAUAGGAAAUGUAGUGAGUAAAAAAUGAUCUUGUGUUUUUAUCAUAUAUUAUUAUUGUUAUUUAAGACUAAACUAAUGGCAGCAUUUUCAUAUUUUUCACAUUCCAGUUUAAGAAACCUAUUGUGCUUUUCUCAGUAAUUUGAAAGCUGAUACACGUUGAACCAUUUCACAUGUUAUUUAGGGCAACAAAAAUGAAAACACAAAACAGCUCUGGUGGUUUUAUGACAAAUAUUUUGUAAUUUUUUCUUGUACCAAAAGCAAUCAACCUUUUGUAAUUUGGAUUCUAGUUUGGCCAGAAUGUUUGAAGGUUUACUUUUCAUCUCAUUGUUGAUUUUAGAUAUACCUCAUCCCUCUCUUGAUGCUAGGAGUUUAUCUCUGUCUUAUUGUACGGUUCAGGAGUCUCUUCUCUCAGGGACGGAUAUUUCCAUUUUACACU